AUGGCUCGCACUGGAGCAAUUAACGCUCGCGAGGAAUCACUCAAGUCAACGAACGGUGCCGUCCAGAAUGAAACAGAGGUCUCUCUACCAUCAACUUCAACUCGAAAGAGACGCAGUAAAUAUCGCCAUGUAGCUGCAUAUCACUCAGAAGCUCGCCCUUCCAGCCUCAGUCGAGAGGCUGACGUGCUCCCCAACUUUCUGGGUUUUCGAAAUCUCAUGGUUUUGGUACUUGUGGCGAUGAACCUGCGAUUGAUUAUUGAGAACUUCAUGAAAUAUGGCGUGUUAAUAUGUAUCAAAUGUCAUGACUAUCGCAGGCAAGACGUUGUUCUCGGGUCUAUAUUAUUUGCCUCGGUUCCAUGUCAUUUGCUCGUGGCAUACAUCAUUGAGCUUUCAGCCGCUACUGCAGCCAAGCAAGCAGUGGGUCGCCAAAAGAAGACAGAAAAAGAAAAAGAGCACGACCAGAAGGUCUUCCAGUCUACAUGGCCGUACACUGCGUUCCUGCACACGCUUAAUGCUACGCUAUGCCUCACAGUAACUAGCUUCGUGGUAUAUUUCUACAUCCAUCAUCCGGGCAUUGGGACAAUAUGCGAGUUGCAUGCCAUCAUCGUGUGGUUAAAAAAUUGCUCUUAUGCCUUCACAAACCGUGACCUCCGUCUCGCUCUACUCAAUCCCUCUGCAGACCCUGGCUUGCCCGAAAUCUACUCCUCAUGCCCCUACCCCAGGAAUAUUACCAUGAAUAACCUGGCAUACUUCUGGCUGGCACCUACACUGGUAUAUCAGCCUGUUUAUCCGCGCACCGCAUCCAUCCGGUGGUCAUUUGUUGCAAAGCGCCUUGCAGAGUUCGUGGUCCUAGCAGUGUUCAUCUGGCUUCUGUCUGCGCAGUAUGCCGCACCGGUGUUGCGGAACUCGAUUGAUAAGAUCGCAGUAAUGGACAUCGCCUCCAUAUUGGAGCGGGUUAUGAAGCUGUCCACAAUCUCGUUGAUCAUUUGGCUUGCAGGCUUCUUUGCGUUGUUUCAAGCACUUUUGAACGCUUUGGCAGAAGUCAUGCAGUUUGGAGAUCGCGAAUUCUACACCGACUGGUGGAACAGCUCCAGUCUGGGUGGUUAUUGGCGAUCUUGGAACCGGCCUGUCUACCUAUUCAUGAAGAGACAUGUCUACUCACCGCUGGUGGGUCGUGGAUGGAGCCCUCUGGCUGCGAGUGGAAUGGUUUUCACACUCUCCGCGAUUCUUCACGAAAUGCUGGUUGGCAUUCCGACGCAUAAUUUCAUCGGUGUCGCGUUUUUUGGAAUGAUGUUCCAGCUGCCAUUAAUUAGCCUCACUGCACCGUUAGAGAAAAUGCGCGGGCCCGAAGGCAGGGUCAUUGGAAACUGCAUCUUCUGGGUCAGCUUUUGUCUAGUCGGACAACCACUUGGAGCACUUCUGUACUUCUUCGCUUGGCAGGCCAAGUACGGGAGUGCCCCCCCGGCACGGCCGAAUCGAUUGCACCGACGGAAACUCGGAGACUCGACUCCCGAGCUUCCUACCUAUAAAGGACCUUUAGCAAACAUAAACGAUCACAUCAUUACCCUAGAUUCUCUCAUCAUGGUCGCAUUUAUUGUUCCUAGCAACUACGGCGCCGUCAUUGGCGUCGCACUCGGCGCCAUCCCCGUUUUGGGCUUUAUCCAUGGUGCUAUCACUGGUAACAUGCGCAAGGAGGCUAAGGUGCCCUACCCUCACAGCUAUGCCUCCAUGGAGCUAUGCAAGGAAAACGCCAAGGCUGAGAAGUUCAAUUGCGCCCAGCGCGCUCACACCAACUUCCUCGAGAAUGCCUCGCAGACAAUGCUUUUCACCCUAGUCGCUGGCCUGAAGUACCCAGAGUGGGCUGCUGGUUUGGGUGCUCUGUGGGUUUUCUUCCGCGCUCUAUUCCUUUAUGGCUAUGUGUACUCGGACAAGCCACAGGGCAAGGGCCGCCUGAUGGGUGGGUUCUUCUGGUUUGUGCAGGGUGCUCUCUGGGGAUUGAGUGUUUUCGGAGUUGGAAAGGAACUGCUUUGA